AUGGACCAUGAUGAAACUCAUAGUAAUACACCGAGUGAACCUUUCCAUACCAUUCCGAUCUAUCAACCAGACGCUUCUUCAUCCGAUAGUGAUAGUAACGAUAAUAACGAGAGCCCAGUAAACUUAGAUUCACCUGUAGAAGAAAAUAGAGAAAACGUUUUGCAACGUUCCACCACCAUUACCUCAGUAUUACAACAUAGACCAAGAAUUCAACCACCACCGCGUUCUUUUACUGAACCAGUACCAAAACAUGAACGACAUCCUUCCGAUGGUGAUGAAUCAUCAUCAUCAUCUUAUAAAAAAAGUAAACAUGAACUGUCAAAAGAGAAUUUGGAAAAGACUCAUCGAAAAAGUAGUGAUCAAUCAAAAAGAGAUUCAAAAUCAUAUGAUAAUUCAAUGCGUGGAAUAAAAAAAGAAAUGUCAAGCGUAGCAAUAGAUGAUGGUGGUGGUUUAAGUUUUUCAAGCAAUUACGCUUAUCUUUCACCACCAUUCGGACGUAUAAUAUCAAGUGAAAUAGUUGACGGUAAAAAUUAUGUUAGCAAUCUAGUUGGACUAGUGAUUUUACCCUGUCUUUUUUUAAUAUUGUAUUUAAGUAUUGUCACAAUAUGGACUUAUAUUGAUUUAAAGAAUAAAGGUUUCGAUUCAUCAUUUACAGUAGCAUACUAUUCUCCACUUAUGCUGUUUUCAAUAUUUUACGGAGAGAAAAAAAGAGUUGACGUGUCAAAAUUUCAUGAAGUUAAUUAUGGUGCAAAAUGGUGGAGAUUUGGUACUUCGAAAGUGAGAGAAGGCAUCAUAAUGUCGAUAUAUUGUAUAUUUGUAAUAGGAUUUGUUACGUCUGAUAUAAUUAGUAGGGCUUUGAAUGAGUCAAAUUUACAAGUAUCGAAAGUGUUUGAGGAUUUUGUACCAUUUUUAUUUAUGUUGAUUAUAUUUUCUAGUGGAUUUUUUAUAUUUAUUUGGACUGUUGUGGAUCCGGUCAUCGAUGGCACAUUACACGGAAGUGGUGAAGGAAAAAAGAGAUUAAUCGGAGUGUUGCCAAAUGCUUUUAAAUCAAAGAGGGUUUGA